AUGUCGGAGUUCGUCGAAAACGGAGUCAAGAUCCAUGUCAUCCUCGCCAAGCUCGGCGACCACUUUGGAGAUCCCGUCGGUGAAAUCGAAAGGGGACCGCGAGGGAGUCAUCAUAUGACGUACAUCGUCACCCAGGAAAGUGGCACCAAACGACUCCUUAGAGUCAGUUACCCCGUCUUUAAAGACUUCGGUUCUGGUAUCGUGCCUCCCUCGAAGAUGAAGUCUGAGAUAGCGACGAUCAAGUAUGUCCGAGAGCAUACUAACAUCCCCGUCCCGGAAGUCCUGCUUCACGACAGUGACGAAGAUGGGAGCGUCGGAGCUGAAUGGAUGGUUAUGGAAUACGUGAACAGCCUCCCGCUCUCGCAGAUGUGGUUCUCGAUGUCGGAAGAUCAACGCCAAGGCGCUGUUCAGGGCAUCGCAGGCGUCUUCCACCAACUCCUCGGUCUCAGGUUCGACAAGAUCGGCAGCCUAUACGAGAACGAAGAAGCAAAGAUCCACGUCGGUCCGAUGACCUUUAUGCCCUCGAACAACACACGCGACACGGCUCCUCCCAAUCCGGCGAAGUGCGGGCCCUUUGAGUCUAUCAAGCAGUGGCUCCUGGCUCUUGCUGCCGGAGACCUCAACUUCGAGUCGACGAACGUUGACGAGCCCGUGGAGGCUGAGCGCAGGGCAGCCGUUAUAGAGGACAUCACUUCCACCACAAUAUUUGAAGACGAGUCCUUGAAGGAAUUCUGCGCCAUCGUCUUGGAGCACGUCGACCUCAAGGUCAACAACUUCCUGGUCGAUCCCGAGGAUCCCACCAAGAUACUAGGCGUCAUCGACUGGGAGGGUGCGAGGACCGUGCCCUUGUUCGCCAUCCAGCCCCGGUGGUACACUCCCCUGGGGACCCCGCCCGAAUGCAUCUCUUCUGAGGAGGUGACAAAACUGCAGGUGUCUACUCGUGAAGCCGUCCAGACGCUCUCCCCUGCGUGGUAUUCCUCUACCGAGGAUCCUGGCCGUGCUUUGCGAGAGGUGUUGCAUCGGGCGAUCCACAGUCGGUUGGAUCCGGAGAUGUUCGACUUCGAGUCCAUGGACUGCUGGCAUCGGGGGGCGUGA